AUGCCAACCAUAUCUUCCUCUCUCGCCCACGGAUCUCCUCCCUCUUCUCAGUCUCUCUGUCAUCACCAACCUCCCCUCUCCUCCCAAUCUUCCACCACCAUCUCUGCACCGGUCUCUACCUCCCCGGUCGACUCUCGCCCUCGUGCCUCUUCCUCCGCCUCGUGUCUGCCCGCUGUCGCCUCUCCUUCAGCGACGGCUUCCUCCGCCAAUCCUCCGUUGACCGGCACUCCGGGACUCACUGGCUCAGUCAUUGGCUCGAUUUCGCGACGCAAUCGCCGUUCGUUUGCCGCUCUUGCUCGCGAAAAGACCACCAGCGCUCUCGCCAACCUCUCGGCCAUUGGAGCUUCUGGGACCGGCACCCUUCGUCCCUCCGCCUCGUCCGGAAGUCUGUCGAAACACACGCGCAAGCCCUCUCAGAUCAGCGUCGGUGAAUCUGCAGGCACCUCGCCCUUGACGCCGCCAUUGUCGGACGGUAGCGCCCCUAGUGAAUCGUCAAGCCCCGCGCCCAUCGACCCGAAUACUGCUUCGCCGCCUGUCGCCGACUCCGUCGACAAGCGUCGCCAGACUCUCCAGCACGUCCCCACCCUCGCACCGGUCGAACCGCCCGCCACCAUGCACCAAACCUCGUCGCGCCUGUUGCGCAUGACGGAAGAUGACCGUCCUUUCACCAAGGAUUUCAUGGAUCUCUUCUCCACGUUAAUGGUCAGCUUGAAGUUGGAUUCGCAUCGUGUACGAUUUACGAAAUAUGACCACUCCUUCACCUCCGAAGAAGCCAUCAACAACCUCGGUUCUCUGAAAUUCUCCCAGUCCAACCGUAUGCCGGACCCGAAGGAUCCGUCUCGCAUCGUGACCACGACAACGACCACUACUUUCUCCAUGGCCAAAGAAAUGGCCCGCUCCGUAUGCCAACGCUUCGUCGACGCUCGUUUCAUCGAGUCCGUGGACGGCAAGGGUGCCCAGCAAUUCCCGCUAAAGGGUGCUCUCUAUCAGCUUACCCCGAAGGGAAUCAACAUCCUGCAGCGAUUCUGCCAACGGAAUGGGAUCACGGCCCGCCACGUCAUUGACGUUCUGGAGUCGCCCCGCAACACCAUGCAGCUGGUCAACCUGGAACGCGAUACCGAGACGGACAAGCUAUCGCAUGAUCGUGCCACCAUUGAAGUGAUCUUCCGCCGAUUCGCUGGUCAGGAUGGUCCCAAUGUGAAGAAUAGUAUCUCCACCUCCGACUCCGACUCGUUGAGCGACUAUUCGAACGGGUUGGUUGGAGUGAAAAUGGCCCGGGAGCGCAAGGUGAACGAUAAGAUUGUCGCCAACACCUUCACCGGAAAGGCCGCGGUUGACUGGCUGAUGGAUUGCUCUACCACCAUCGAGCGCCGCGAAACCGUUCUCAUUGCCGAGCUGUUUGUCAAGUAUGGGUUGAUCACGAUGCUUCAGGAGGACAAGCUCAUGCCGAUGCCCGACAACUCGAUUGUGGCUUUCCAGCCCUCCAAGAAUGCGAUUUACGGCAUUACGGAACGUGGACAGCGCGUGUGUGGUUGGAUUGCACGGGACAAGUCCCGCGACACCCCGCCGAUGUACGACAGCCGCGGCAUCCCUCGCGACUCCAACAAUGCGCGGUUGAACCACAUCCUCCAGGAUCCUGCUUUGCGCCUUCUAUUCCGUGAAUUCCUGCGUUUCUCUCUGUGCGAGGAGAACCUGUCGUUCUACUUGGAUGUUUCCGAAUUCACUGCCACCUACCACAAGGCGGAGCGACUUGGGACAUUUAAGAAGCCUGAUGCCGUUCGUGAGACCCUGGCUGCUGCCUAUGGUCUUUACAAUGCCUUCUUGGCUCCCGGAUCGCCCUGCGAACUGAACAUUGAUCACGCUUUGCGCAACAGCUUGGCUAGUCGUAUGACGAAGGCCGUGGGAGAUGACGAGUCUAUGUUCCGGAGCCUUCAGGAGGUGGUCCAUCUGUUUGAGAUGGCGCAGACUUCCGUCUUCAAGCUGAUGUCGAGUGACUCUGUCCCGAAAUUCUUGCGUGAUCCCAAAUACGCCAUUGUUCUCCAGGAGCAUGAUGUGGACCUGGCGGCCGCCUCGAGGUCCUACUCGCCCACGCCGGCUCCGGCUCCGGUCCCGGAGCGCUCGAUGAGCCGCUCUGCGCGCACAUGA